AUGCCCAAUCCCGGUCGUCCUAGCCGGGACUGCUACAACUGCCGUCAACGACGCAUCAAGUGCGACCUUAAGCACCCUGCUUGUGGUCAGUGCCUAAGGAAAGAGAUACAUUGCCAGGGCUAUCGAGAUGAGCUUGAACUGCGCUUCCGGGUUGAGAACGCAUCAACUUUUUCACAGAAGAAGGGCAAAAUAUAUCGGAAAAUGAAGGCCAGUGGUCCGAGAGCGCAAGUAUUGGGGGAAGGAUUUCCGCCAGAGGCUGACACUGCGGGUCAAGCGACCAAUGAUUGGAAGGAUUUCCCUGUCCUGUUCGCUUCGGAGAAGCCUGAACUAAUAAGCAGGCCAGGCGCCAGUCUUCAAUACCCACUAGCGGAGCCGUGGGACGCUCACCGUAUGCCGUUGGUCAUGAGCAAGCUAUCUUCCGAUGUCGUAAAUGGCCACCGUAAAACUAUCUUCAAUACCAUCCUCGACAUGGUUUCGGCAUCCAACUCGGGGUCCACUCUGCACCAAGUCUGCGACGCUAUUGGGCGUGUCUAUAUCACAAACACGACGAUGCAUGCCCUUGCUGCUAGAUCUUCCCAGGCACAGUCAUACAGAAAGGCAAUCAUUGCUCUAAACUCAGACCUUCGAGACCCUCGACUGUCCCAGCGUGACGACGCUUUAGCCUGCGUUUUUCUAUUGAGCGUUUAUGAGGUGUGGCUAGUCUUUCAACUUUACGCAUUGAUUUCUGAUCCGCUUCCUUUCAUUUAG